CCUACAUAGUUCGAUACACUUGCUUUAGAAGACGUAAACACCAAGGAGGCGCACGCAAGCUUGUCGAGACAUUUCGUGUGGCCAACCAGUAGGACACUUCCGAACCGUAGUUUCUUGCCAUCUGCGACUUCUGAGCUUUAGCUUAAACAGCUGUAGGCAGCCAUGCUGCGCUCGCAUGCGCGCAGCGGCGCGAGGUCGUCAGGCACCUCGGGGCAGGGGCGGGGCAGCCUCACGCCUCGCAACCCGCUCUCGUUUGUGGCCCACGCAGUGACGGGGCCCCAGCUCCAGUCCCAGCUAGCGGCCACCGAGCACACGCCCACCACCACAGCCUCGGCCUCCUCGCCGUCGGCCCCCGGCCUGGGCCUCAGACGCCGGGAUGUGUUGCUGGCGCUGCUGCCCUUCCUAGGCCUGUCAACGGGGGCCGGGGCGCCGGCACCGGCCCGUGCGGACGAAGUCCCGGAGACGCUGCCAGUGCCGGUCAUCCGACCCGAGCUCACGCCGGACCAGCGCAAAUACGACCCCGCGGUCAUUGAGCGCUUCGGCGGCCUUGACAAGCCCUGGGUGCCGGACGUGGUGGGCCGCGCCUGGGGCAACCGCGGCAACGCGCGCAGCCGUCAGGGCAAGCUGCAGGAGGCGCUGGACGACUACAACACAGCCAUAGCCAUCUGCCCCUGGAGCGUGGACCCCGUGCUCAACAGGGGUGUGGCUCUGGAGGCGCUGGGACGCUUUGAGGAGGCGGUGUCCGACUACCGGGCGGUGCUGGCGGCUGCGCCCAACGACCCUGCGGGCUGGAACAACCUGGGCAAUGCCUCGGGCGGCCUGGGUCGCUGGGAGGAGGCUGUGGAGUACUACGGCCGCGCCGCCCAGCUGAGCCCCACCUACGCCUUCGCGGUGGCCAACCGGGCCGUGGCGCUGUUCGAGGUGGGCCGCACCGAGGAGGCCAUCCGUGAGAUGCGCUCGCUGCUGCGGCGCUACCCGGACUUUGCCGACAUGCGGGCCGCGCUGACCGGGGCGCUGUGGAGCAUCGGCAAGGAGGGCGAGGCGGAGAGCCAGUGGGAGCGUGUGGACGACCCGCGGUACCGGGACUUCGCCUGGCUGCGCUUCAACCGCCGCUGGCCGCCCAAGCUGUACAAGAGCCUGGACGCCUUCCUGCAGCUGAAGAGCCUACCCGCGCUGUAGGGGGCAGCUGAAGAGCCUACCCGCGCUGUAGGGGGCAGCUGAAGAGCCUACCCGCGCUGUAGGGGGCAGCCGAAGAGCCUGCCUGCAAUGUAGGGGGCAGCUGAAGAGCCCACCCGUGCUGUAUGGGGCAGCUGAAGAGCCUACCCGCGCUGUAGGGGGCAGCCGAAGAGCCUGCCUGCAAUGUAGGGGGCAGCUGAAGAGCCCACCCGUGCUGUAUGGGGCAGCUGAAGAGCCUACCCGCGCUGUCGGGGGCAGCUGAAGAGCCUACCCGCGCUGUAGGUGGCAGGCCGCAGGGGCAGCUGAAGAGCCUACCCGCCCUGUAGGGAGGUGGCAGGGGGCGCUGAAGACGAUCUGAACGGGCUAGGGAAGCAGGUGGCUAGGGGAGCAGGUGGCUUGAUAGCAUGUGAUGGCUCGGCGUCUUCGGGUGCUGGGACUGUCCCCUCUGUAACAUCCGCAUUCU